UUGGAUGCGCGAUCGCUGGUGCAAACGGCGCGCUGAGGGACCAAGCCUUCGCUACUUAGGGGUUAUUUAUGAGCUAGUGCGCGGCCGCUGGGUGGGAUCGGCUCAGCAGCACCCCUGAUGUGAGUACAGCGGGAUUCAAGCAUGGAUACGCGGGCCACACCUGUGCGCCAGCUGCGUUACCUGCGGACCUGUUGGAGACCACCGGGCGCAGACGCGCAGAUCUGGGCAUCCUGCAGCGCGGCGAUGGCGUUGUGACCACCGGGUUCGACAAAGACCUUAUGGGGCCCCUUGCGCAUCAUCGCGCCCGCUGGAUUAUCAUAGCUCGGAUUCAGAGUGGGUUCCGUUCAGACCGGAUUUACACCGAACCUCAGCGUGUGUGAGUGUGAUUUUGAGACAAAGACCCUCCGCGCAAACCGACGCGCUAUGGAUGCGGUUCAGCUGGAUGGGCUCAACCCAUCACCGGCGGAGAACGGCAGUGUGUCGCAGUCUGAGCCGCACAAGCGGCUCUCGCAGGUGGACACCGUGGUUCUGCCGUUCCUCGGCGGGUUUGGGAGGUAUCAGCGGCGCUUGGUGGCUCUAACGUGGAUCCCGGCGUUCCUCAUCUCGUUCAGCCAGUUCUCGGACCACUUUCUGCUCGGUCAACCGGAAAGAAAGUGCGUCCGUCCGGAUCAGAACAGAACGAGUUCGGUUCGGGAGAUUUUCGAUCUGAUCACGACCGGGAACGAGGGCAGCAACGUAACGGCGUGCAUGUGCUCCGAGUGGCGGUUCGAGCUGCAGUCGGGACUGCAGCAGAAUGUGGUCACCAAGACUGGAGCAGAUAACUGUUUAAAUGCUCACCCCAACGGACAGAGAGAUAACGCUGAGGCCCGACAACUAAUGUCAGCACGCUUCCUCUUAAAGUCUGAAAAAACAGUUUGUCAGAUUGCAAAAACAGUUUAA